CGUAUCAAAAUGAAGGGAGAGAUACAUACCAAGCCGGAUAUACAUCGUUUACCCUCAGGCUUCAGCAUAACUUCGCCUCUUAUGCUGAGAUCAGCUAGAAGCGAUACUAUCUCCAGUUAGUCAAGCCUUAUACAUUUCUGGAGGUCACCAUGAUAUCCGGCAAAACACCCCCGCUGGGCAAACGGUGAAGGCUGUUGGUCACUCAUGCCAUGCUAAUGCAAUUUCUUUUCUACCAAGAAUGGAGAGUGGUGGGUAGGGGGUUGACAAAAUUCAUGAGGUCCAAAUUGCUGAAGUUUCACGUCCAUCUUUGCUUUCAUAUACAAAAAGCAUUUUACGCCACCUGACGAAAGAUUCACGACUUCAAGUGGUUCACGAUCAUCUACCAGCCAUGACAUUGAAUCAAGACGAAGCUCUGUCCAGCAAGGACACUGUCUCUAUCGAUAAAGAUAUGGGCGCUGUGGCCAUUACGGAUGUUUCAAGCCCCGCAAGCCUCCAAACAUUCGAGUCCGAUGAGCUCUUUCUUCACUCAUGGCGUCUGGCGGCUGUCAUCGGGUCUCUAUGCUUGGGAAUCUUUCUUCUAGCAUUGGAUAUGAAUAUUAUCGCUGUUGCAAUUCCCAGAAUUACAUCUGAUUUUCAUGCACUGAAUGAUGUGGCCUGGUAUGGUUCAGCAUAUCUUCUUACCGUUACGGCAUUCCAACCUUUGUUUGGUAACCUGUACAAAUACUUCGAUCCUAAGAUCGUUUAUAUGGGAUCAAUAGCCUUAUUUGAAUUGGGUUCUAUAUUAUGUGCGGCAGCCCCUUCCUCCAGUGUUCUCAUCGGAGGCCGAUCUGUUCUUGGUUUCGGGGCAGCUGGAAUCUACCAGGGAAGUUUGGCCAUCGUCAACUUUGUGGUAGAGCUCGAAAAGAGACCUAUGUACCAAGGCAUAGUUAUUAGCUCUUUUGCUAUUAGCGUGUGUAUUGGCCCUGUGCUUGGUGGUGUCUUCACUGACAAAGCCUCCUGGAGAUGGUGCUUUUGGAUUAAUGUACCUAUGGGCGCUGUUGUACUUGUUUUCAUCGUACUAUUCUUUCGAAUUAAAGGCGUACGAAACUCGAACCGUGCCUUAGAUCUUCCAACAAAAUUGAAGCGUAUGGAUAUUGGCGGAGUCCUACUAUUUCUCGGAGCUAUAUAUUGCCUUCUUCUAGCAUUACAAUGGGGUGGGCAGACUGUGCCUUGGAAAUCAUCCAAAGUUAUUGGAUUAUUCGUUGGCUUUGGCUUACUCAUGAUAUCCUUCGGCAUCCUACAAUGGAAACGAGGCGAACAUGCCACAAUUCCCUUGCGUAUCCUCCGACAAAGAUCAAUCCUGAUGGGCAGUAUAUUCCUCAUGACAUUUGGCAUGAUGAGUUUUGUCUAUGCUUAUUAUCUACCCAUUUACUUUCAAUCCAUUCAAGGCGUCACAGCAAUCCAAAGUGGUACCCGAUUCAUCGCGAUAGUCCUUCCUCAAAUCAUUGGCCUGUCACUUACUGGAGCUGUGGUUACAAAAUGGGGAUACUACGUUCCAUAUAUGAUUCUUGGAACGAUUAUCGCAAUGGUCGGUGCCGGACUUCUUACUACGAUUGAUACCAACACUUCUACGGUCAAAUGGGCCGCAUAUAUGGUAAUCAAUGGAUGGGGAACUGGAAUGGCACAGCAACUUCCAUAUACCGCGUUGCAAAUUGUUUUGAGUGAAGAAGACGCUCCUACUGGAAAUGCCAUUGCGGUAUUCAUGUAUCAGAUUGGUUCUUCCGUCUCUGUCUCCAUCGCACAAUCUCUCUUUCUAUCAAGAUUACAGACCAGUGUUCCAGCUCAUACCACUGCUGUAUCAGCAGAAGCGGUUAUUAAAGUUGGCGCCAGUGGCUUACAGGAUUUAGCCGGUGGCUCGGAAAUUGUCUUAACUGCCUUGAGAGAAGCAUACACCAUUGCUAUUAGAGAUGCUAUGUAUUAUGCUUUGGCGGCAGCUUGUUUGUCCCUGCCAUUUGCUUGCGGAAUGCAAUGGUUCAACCUCAAGAAGGUCGCAGAGGAGAGGAGAAGAGCAAAAGACGAGGAGAAGCCAGUUGGGCUAGAAACCUCGGUCAUGAUGGACAGUGUAAUUGGUUCUGAGAAAGUUUGAAUUGUAUGAAUACCAAGAUAUAUUUUUUAAUAAUGUAAUAGAUUAACUC